AGAGGCAGCAGCAACAUCAUCCACUUACCUGCCAAACACAGUCAGCUCCAAUCAGACUUGUUUCAAAGAGCCUUUACCGAGUUUUCUACAGACCGCAAAAGACCUCAAUCGACAUUGAAUAAGAACUCUUCGGGACGCUGUUUCUGGAUAAGACAGGAUCUACCUACGUUUUUUACCUUGUAAUGGAAACCCACAACAGCUCAGUGAUGUUGGACAUGGACAGCGGACUGGUGUACCGACCCACAACCGUGACCCUGGAACGAGAGAAGUCCACUCGCACCAACAAGUGGACGCUAGUUGGCGCUGUGCUGGCCAUGUCUCUCUGUGUCGCGGCGGCCCUUUUCUUUACGUUCUGCGCCAAGAAUCAAGACCACAUCGAGGAAACCAACGAAAUUCAGCAUACGUUGAGACAACUUUCUGGGAGUGGAAAGGAUGCUAUUCAUUUAGAAGGUGAUUACAACGCUCACGGAACAUACAAUACCUCAGUGGAGUGGUAUGACGGAGUAGAUCAGGCCUUCCAACAGGGGGAUAUUAAGCUAGAAAACAAUGGGAUAGUGAUCCCCCGGAAUGGCCUGUACUUCGUCUACAGCCAGGUGUCGUUCCGAGUUAGCUGCCAGCACAAGGCCCGCUCCGAGUCCGAGCUGAUCCACAUCAGUCACAGGGUCAGCCGCUUGACCUCGGCCAUCGGGGACCAAUACAACAUGGACUGGCGUCCCCUGCUGCACUCUCUGCGUACCGUGUGCAGGACAUCUGCCGGGUCCGAGGGGAAGUGGUACAGCGCUGUGUACAUGGGAGCCGUCUUCAGCCUGGAGAAAGACGACCGACUCCAGACGUUCACAGACAACAGAAUCCUCCCGCAGCUGGAGAGCGGCCCCGGGAAGAACGUCUUCGGUGUGUUUGCCUUGUAAGAGGGGGACGAGGCGGCCCCGACUAAACGGAGCGGGGGUCGUUCAGCGUCUCUAAUGGGUCACCCUAUGCUGUAUUUUGGGACUCAAGACGCAGGAGAGAGGCGACUGAAUGAAUAAAUUGUCUGGUAGCUAGUCUAGCUAUGACUACUGGGCUGCGUUCAGGAGAAGGGGAUUCAAUUAGUUAAUACAAAAAAGGGAACUAAUUUGUUUGCUUUAUAGUACUGAGGGUAUUUCAUCUGCUGGCAUUGAACUAGACCAAGGCAUUGUUGUUUUAUAUUAAAACAUGCUUGAAGAAUGUUAGGAACCACUGUGAACUGCACCAGUUUACACUCAGCGUUUAUUGUUAAACAAAUGUAGUUUCACUCUAUUUUCUGUGUGAGUGUAUUUAUAUGAUGUGUAUUUAUAUGAUGUACUGAAUGUGUAUUUAUAUGAUGUACGGAACAGUUGGACUCUCAGGACCUUGCAAUCGACUACCUGCACAAAACACAAGACACAACACACAAAACACAUCUAUCUGAACACAGACAUGAUUGUAUUCCAGAAACUAGAAAAAUUACAUGUUAUUGUAUUCACUUCAUCAAGUGA